GAAAGGAACGGACAUUUAAGCAGCGUUCCAUGAAUGUAAAUACCAGGAUUGGAUCUAAGAAAGUAGAUGGAGCUUCCACCCCACGAAGGAUCGGUACUCUCUGUGGUUGACAUGCACACAGGUGGAGAGCCUUUGCGCAUUAUCCUUAGUGGUUACCCAGAGGUUAAGGGCGAGGGUGUGCUAUCCAAACGACGCUACGUGAGAGAGCAUCUGGACUACCUACGGAGAGUGUUGAUGUUCGAACCAAGAGGACACUAUGACAUGUACGGAGCCCUGGUCGUGGAGAGUGAGAUACCUGAAGCCGACUUGGGGGUUCUUUUCAUGCACAACGAAGGUUACAGUACCAUGUGUGGCCACGCAGUCAUCGCUCUUGGGAGGUUCGCUGUAGACUACAAACUUGUUCAAGAGCCAAGGUCGCCAGAGACGCAGGUGAAUAUACACUGUCCAUGUGGCCUGGUUAAGGCAUUUGUGGAGUACUCCAAUGGUAAAACCGGAGGUGUGAGGUUCCACAGUGUUCCAGCGUUUGCAUUUGCAACAGAUGUAAUUGUUGCUGUGCCUGGGCAUGAUGAAGUCACUGUUGAUAUAAGCUACGGAGGAGCAUUCUACGCAUUUGUAAGUGCAGAGCGAUUUGGCCUGGACAUCAACAAGUCCAAGACCAGGGAUCUGGUGGAUGCAGCUACUGCAGUGACCAACUCUGUCAAAUCUCAGGUAAAACUGCACCACCCAACCAGUGAGGACCUAGCCUUCCUCUAUGGCACCAUCCUCACGGAUGGAAAAGAUGCCUAUUCCCAAGAGCCCACUGCUAACAUGUGUGUGUUUGCAGAUGCCCAGGUGGACAGAAGCCCUACAGGUUCAGGGGUCACUGCCCGUGUGGCUCUCCAGUACCAUAAAGGCCUCAUCCAACUCAACCAGACUAGGACCUUCCAGAGCGGGGCCACAGGAUCUCUGUUCACUGGCAAAGCUGUUCAGGACACCACAUGUGGAGACUUCAAGGCUGUGGUGGUUGAGGUGGCUGGCAGAGCACACUACACUGGCGUGGCCAGCUUUGUGCAGGAAAGUGACGACAAGCUAAAACUUGGUUUCCUGCUGAAAUAGGAGCAGCUACCAGUGUCCACAACAACUUUUGAGUGCAUCUCCAUCCAAGCAAAGGACCAUAUCAGAUUACAAAUAAUUUGUAAAAAAAAUAGUUUUUUAAACAUCUCUCGUUGAAGGCCUAUGUGGCAUCAGUAAUGAUCAUAAAUAUUGUAUGUACUGUAUGCAGAGUCUGACAUGAGCCUCCACAGUUUUGUGAAAUGGCAGACAAGGCUGUUGGAAUUCCCUCAAACAUCUGCAUGGUUAAGGUCAACUUCCAUGAGCAGGUGUCCAAUAUAACAAAGUUUGUUCCGGUCCUGUAGUGGUCGUAAAGUCAGUAUUUUUAAGGAAACAAUGUCUCAGAUUUAUUGGAUAUUUGAGGAUUGGGUUUUGAUUUCAGUCAUGCCAGUCAUCGCCUGGUACACAGUGAUGGGAGAGCUGUGACACACUGGUCUGGACAGGAGUCAGUUUGUUGGUGCAAUAUACACAAAACAUUUUGAACUUUGAUUCUCUCAAACAUUUUUUCCCCCUAGGGGUUGAGACCUCCUGCUGUUUGUAUUUGAAAAUCCAACAGUUGUAUUGGAUGAAAAAACACAUCCCCCUUCAUUACCAAUGCAUUGUGCCUACAACAUCGGGAAGACCAUGUGUUUGAUACCAUUCCACUCCAGCCAUUUCCACGAACCCGUCCUCCCCAAUUAAGGUGCACCAACCUACGGUAUGCACACUUUAAAGCGUCUGAUAAAUGGAAUAUAUUAUUAUAAACCACACCCCCAUGACAGAAUCACAUUUCCUAUGAGGAGGAAAACUGGUGAAAUCAGUCAGUUCAGCCUCCCUUUAAGGCACAUAUGUCAGAGUCAAGGCCCGCGGGCCACAUCCGGCCCGCGAGAAGGUUUUUUACGGCCCCUGGGAUGAUCUUGAUUUAUUAUUAGAACCGGCCCGCAGACCGCAGCAAGCCGGCAGCCCGCAGAUCUUUUACACGCACCAAUACUACAUUUCCCACAAUGCAACGGUGACGCACCGAGCAGUAGGCUGCUUCAUUUCAAUAUUUAUUGGCACAGCAGUCGUCAGCAUCAUAGUAAAAUUAACUUUCAGAUACCCAUCAAAAAUGGCAAAACGGAAGGUGGACACUGAGAACCGGGGGUUUCAAACAAGGUGGGAGUCGGAGUAUAUGUUCACGGAGGUAGCUGGAAAACCUGUGUGUCUUCUGUGUGGAGAAAGUGUGGCGGUACUGAAAGAGUAUAAUCUGAGACGACAUUAUGAAACGAAACACGCAGACAAAAACAAGAAUAUGGACAUGGAACAAAGGCUACAAAAGGCAGAGGAAUUAAAACGAGGCCUCAAAUCUCGACAGGCUCUGUUCAAAAAAGCCAAAUCACAAGGCCAGGCUGCUGUCAAGGCCAGUUUUAUUUUGGCAGAAGAGAUCGCUAAAUCAGCCCGGCCAUUUACGGACCAUGAAAGAGAAGCUCUCUACCAGUGCGUUCCCGAGCGCACAGUUGGCUGAUAAAAUAGGUAUGCUUGCCGCUGACUUUCGACGCCGAUUUGCUGACUUUGAAGCACAAAAAAGCAGGUUGGAACUGCUCAGUAACCCAUUUGCUGUUGACGUGGAAAGCUCACCACCAAACCUCCAAAUGGAGUUGAUUGACCUCCAAUGCAAUGAUGCACUGAGGGCAAAAUAUGCGGCAGUGGGUGCUGCGGAGUUCGCCCGUUUCCUCCCCGACACAAUGCCCCAGCUGCGCAUCCAGGCUGCUCAAACGUUGUCUAUGUUUGGCAGCACAUACCUGUGUGAACAACUGUUUUCUUUGAUGAACCUGAACAAAACAUCACACAGAAGUCGACUUACUGCUGAACACCUCCACUCAAUUCUGAGGAUUUCCUCAGCUCAGAGCCUUACCCCGAACAUUGAUGAACUUGUGGAAAAGAUGGGACACCACCAAGUAUCACCCUCAACCUCAAACAAGUGAACAUUACUGUGCAAUCACAUAUUUAGAGUUUUUACUCAGUUCAAGUUUAAAAGUUAAAGUUUAAUAUUUGUUUUCACUGCAUGUUACUUCUCCUUAAACAAAGUGUUGUUUUUGAUUAAUAGAUUUUUGCACUUUAUUUUAUUGUAUUUCAAUCCAAUUAUAUUUUAAAAAUAUUUCAGUUGAGUGGAUGAUAGAAAAUUGCUAUUAUUGUUUUUUUCUUUGAAGUAAAUUUAGCCCACUUUUGCUAAAAUAGAAAAUAUAGGCUACUGAUGGUGCCUUGAAUACCGGUUUCUUUCAUUUAAUGUUCAUGUUAUGGGGAUUUUUAUAUAAAGGAAAUUUGUCUUUUGUGUCUGUUGAAAAUUAAAGAUUACUGACAGAGCCAUAAGAAAAUAUUGCUGUAUUUAUCUGAUCAUAUUGGAAUAUAUUUGUUAGGUUUUCAGUAGGUUCAAUUAGGUUCACUAGACUACAUGCGUCAUUUAAAAUUUUUUCAAUGAACAUUCGAACAGUCCGGCCCUCGGCUUGUAGCUAAAUUUUUUAUUUGGCCCUCCGUCCAUUUGACUUUGACACCCCUGCUUUAAGGUGAUGUGCAAAUCAAUGUUAGUGUCGCGCUACACAGCCAAGGUGGAACAUAUUGGGUAAUAUCACAUAUUGGCCUCAAGAUGGUGCUAUAGAAACAUUUUCUGCUAAAGUAGUCAAGUGACUAUGAAGGAGGCUGAUUGUCAUUUAAAAAAAAUAUGUAUCCAUUCAUAGACACAUUUAGCUGUGAUUGGGAAUGUUAUUUUCACCUUGAUUUGAAAUAAAAAUACCACAACCUG